AUGCCCUUCAAACUAUGUCCUCCAACCGAUGCCCUCCAACUGAUGCCCUUUAAACGAUGUUCUCUAACCGAUACCCUCCAACCGAUGUCCGCCAACCGAUGCCCUCCAUCUGAUGACCUGCCAAACGAUAUCCUCCAACCGAUAUUUUGUAUUUCUAUCUAUCUAUCUAUCUAUCUAGAGCUGUCUGUCGAUAACUAUCUAUAUAUCUAUCUAGCGCAGCGUAUUCAUCUAUCUCUCUAUCUAUCUAUCUAUUUAUUUCAGUCUGUUCAUUAUCUAUCUAUCUAUCUAUCUAUCUAUCUAUCUAUUUCAUCUAUUUCUAUCCAUCCAUCUAUCUAUUUCAAAUAUAUUCAUUUCCGGGACAUAUCACUAUCUAUCUAUAAAAUCUAUCUAUCUAUCUAUCUAUCUAUCUAUCUAUCUAUCUAUCUAUCUAAGUUUGUUCAUUAUCUCACUAUCCAUCUUAGCCAAAACCACUUAGCUACUUCGUUCAAAUAUAUUCAUUUCCGGGACAUAUCACUAUCUAUCUAUCUAUCUAUCUAUCUAUCUAUCUAUCUAUCUAUCUAUCCUUGUCUGUUCAGAUCUAUCUAUCUAUCUAUCUAUCUAUCUAUCUAUCUAUCUUACUCUAUUCAUUAUCUAUCUAUUAGAAUAAUCACAUCUAUGGAAAUCAGAGAAAACAUCAUCCACUUAUCGACUCCAGUCACUCUCAGUUCAAUCAGCGUCAUCUGA